UGGUUCUAACAUGCAUCUGAGCUGCUGUUUUCCUCCUCUCAUCUCCCUGGGAGCGUGAGCCGAGGUGUCCUGCCCUGAUGCCACUCGUGAUGCUCUCUGUGCCCUAUUCUCCCUGGCUCACCUUGGUGAGGACAGGAGCCGUGGGGAUCCAAAGCAGCCGGCAGGCCCAUGGCUCAAGAGGUCCUGUUUACAGUCAGAAGAUGCCUCCGUACACAAACUACCAGGCAGAGCGCAACUACCCCAUGCCAGAUGAGCCUUUCUGUAGUGAGCUGAACCCCCAGCAGCAGGCACUGAAGGAAAAGGAGAAAGGGCCCUGGAAGCAGCUUACAGAUGCUGAGAAAGUGGCUCUUUACCGAAUGCAGUUCCAUCAGACUUUUGCAGAGAUGAAUCGACCAUCCAAUGAAUGGAAGACGGUGUUGGGCGGAGUCUUCUUUUUCUUUGGCUUCACUGGACUCCUGAUUUGGUGGCAGCGCCUGUAUGUGUUUCCAGAGAAGCCCAUCACACUGUCUGAGGACUGGAAGUCGAAACAAUUGCAACGAAUUUUGGAUAUGAAGGAAAAUCCAAUUCAGGGCUUGGCUUCCCGGUGGGACUAUGCUCAAAAGGAAUGGAAGAAGUGACUUGUCAGCCUGAACUGUCCUGGCUCAGCCUUUCCAAGCCAACAAAGCCUGCCUCCACCCAACCCCAUCCUUGGGCUAGCUCCCAUUAAAUGCUUCUAUUCUGUCCGUUCUCUUUCCUUCCCCCUCUUUUCCUCCAACUGCAUCUCUUCUCUUGUACCCUUUAUCUCUCAAUAAAGAAAUAUCAAACCUGA